AGAAGCAAAUUGGCACUUACACAGUUGGGAAGCUCAGUUGAUGAGUUGAAGUUUAAGUACUCAACACUCCCAACACUCACUACAUUUCUAUCCCCUCUUCACUCUUCUCCUUUUUCUCUUUCUCCACUCUCAUUCUGAUUCUACUUUCACGCGCCGUCUUGCACAUCCCUUCACGCGCACAUGGGCUGCGCGGCCUCCAAGCUCGACAAUGAGGACACCGUCCGCCGCUGCAAGGACCGCCGCCGCUUCAUGAAGGAGGCUGUCUACGCCCGCCACCUCCUCGCCGCCGCCCAUUCUGACUACUGCCGCUCCCUCCGCCUCACCGGCUCCGCUCUCUCUACCUUCGCCACCGGUGAACCCCUCUCCGUCUCCGACACCACCCCCGCCGUCUUCCUCCACCCUCCACCACCACAACCAAAACAACCACCACCACCACCACAACAACAACAACAACAACAACUACCACCAUUGUUUAUACCUUCACCUUCACCUUCACCUACCAUACCCGAAACCAAAACCGAAACAGCAAGAAACCACGACCACAACAAUAACAAUAAUAACCGUAACUACUAUAACCGUCAAAACCGUAGAAAACCGCCGAAAUUACCUCACAUUCUUUCAGAUUCGAGUCCUUCCGAUACUCCUCGAAGUAACUACUCGAAUAUCUUCCCAACCGCGUAUUCUACUUAUUCAACUACUCCUUCUCAAGCUUCCUCUGUUUGGAAUUGGGAAAAUUUUUACCCUCCUCCACCACCACCUCCUCCUCCUGCUUCUGAUUACUUCGAUCAAAGAAGCCACGUCAGCACCAACACCACCAAUAAUAAGAAGCAGUGUUCACAAAUCGACACCGAAGAAGAAGAAGACGAAGAACACUAUUCAGAAGAAGAUGAAGAUGAAGAAUAUUCGGGACCGCGUUCUGAACAGAACUUUAAUACUAAUCACCAUCAUCAUCAUCUUCAACAGCAGCAUCAGCAUCAGCAUCAACAUCAGCAUCAGCAUCAGCGUCAGCAGUUGGAUGAUGAUGAGAGAUCGGAGUAUGAUUUCUUCAAACACGGAGAACAAGCGUCGUUUCGAAAACAAGCGUCGUUUAAGAAAGAGGGGAUGUCGUUUCAGAAGCAGCAUCAUCUGAUUGAGGAUUAUGCUGAGACUGAGAGGGAGGAAGUUCAUUGCAGCGAGUGGGGGGAUCAUUACAGCACCACUACCAGCUCCGACGAUGACGGUGGCGGCCAUGGUGGUCGUGUUGGUGCAGUGGUGGAGGAGGAGGAGGAGGAGGAUUCUAGGUCUGAGAGGAGCAGGUCGAAUUUCGGAUCGUCAGUGAGGGGGUCUUCCAUGAGAGGAUCGUCGGUGGUGGGAGAUCCAGUGACGCCGCCUCCUCCGAUGGCAGGGAAGAAGGCGGCACCGGUGGCGGAGGAGGAUGAUGCAAGGAGCAAGUAUGGGGAGAUGAUGGAGAUGAAGAUGGUGGUGCGGCAUAAGGACUUGAAGGAAAUCGUGGAAGCCAUUAAAGAGAGCUUUGACAAAGCUGCCGUGGCCGGAGAUCAGGUCUCUGAGAUGCUUCAGAUCAGUCAGGCACAACUCGAUCGCAGUUUCAAGCAAUUGCGGAAAACUGUGUAUCAUUCAAGCAGUUUAUUAAGCAACCUGAGCUCCACUUGGUCCUCAAAACCACCAUUGGCAGUUAAGUACCGGCUGGACACUGGUUCGCUGGCUGAACCAGGCGGUCUGAAGAGUCUCUGCUCCACUCUGGAGCGACUCCUGGCUUGGGAGAAGAAGCUCUACGAGGAAGUUAAGGCUAGAGAAGGUUGGAAGAUUGAUCAUGAGAAGAAAUUGUCAGCGCUGCAGAGUCAGGAAUACAAAGGAGAGGAUGAAGCAAAGAUAUUCAAAACCAAGACUUCCAUAAAUAAGUUGCAAUCACUAAUUAUUGUCACAUCUCAGGCUGUGACUGCCACCUCAACCGCCAUUAUUGGCCUUAGGGACUCUGAUCUUGUUCCUCAGCUUGUUGACCUUUGUCAUGGAUUCAUGUACAUGUGGAGAUCAAUGCACCAGCACCAUGAAACUCAAAGCAACAUAGUACAGCAAGUCCGUGGCCUUGUGAACAGAUCUUCCAGAGGCGACUCAACUUCUGAGCUGCACAGACAGGCGACACGUGAUCUUGAAUCCGCUGUGUCGGCUUGGCACUCCAGCUUCUGUCGCCUUAUAAAAUUUCAGCGCGACUUCAUCGUCUCCUUACAUGCCUGGUUCAAGCUUAGCCUUGUUCCAGUCCAUAAUGAUAAUGUCAACCUCAGCAUCAGCAGGGAACCCAACGAUGCAUACAUGUUUUUUGAUGAAUGGAAGCUCGCCCUUGAACGUGUCCCCGACACGGUUGCAUCUGAGGCCAUCAAGAGCUUCAUCCACGUUGUCCACGUGAUAUACACCAAGCAAUCCGAGGAGCUCAAGAUCAAGAAGCGAACCGAGAGCGCUUCCAAGGAACUCGAGAAGAAGUCUUCGUCCGUGAGAACCUUGGAGAGGAAGUUUUAUAAUUCUUAUUCUAUGGUAGGCAUUAGUCUUCCUGAUACCGGACCGGACAACGGACAAGGUCUGGACGCACGGGACCCCCUAGCUGAGAAGAAAUUGGAACUUGCAACAUGCCAGAGGCGAGUCGAAGACGAAAUGCUGAGGCACUCAAAGGCUGUGGAGGUGACAAGAGCAAUGACACUCAACAAUCUGCAGACAGGGUUGCCUGGAGUUUUCCAAGCACUUACCAGUUUCUCUUCAUUGUUCACUGAGGCUCUUGAAUCUGUGUGUACCUGUUCCUAUGCCAUCAAGUAGUAGGUAUUUUUUAUAUUUAUUUGUUCUGUUCUGGGAUCUUAAGUUCUUCAUAAGGGCUGGGGUAUUUUUUUUUCUUUGGUUGCAAGCUCUUAUUGCUCUUACUAUAUUCAUUUAUAAAUUUGAAAUGUAAAUAUGAAGAAUUUUUUGGUUCCACUUAUAUUUUGAUGGGAAGGGGAAUUUUCUUAUUGUACAGGGAAAUUUCUUGGUUUAUUAUUGUACCUGAGUAUUGCAAUUUACAAUAUA